UUAAAAAGACUUUGUUAAAUCUUCAUCGCAGCUCGCAAGGCACGUUGGAUCCCAUCCUCCCGAAAAAUUUCCCUCUAUAUUCUCCCCCAAUUUUUCUUUCUCUCCAAACAAUCUCCUUUUAAAACCCUAAAUCCUCAAUUUCACCCAUGUCGGUUCCUCCCUCUUCCGCUACACCUCCUGCUUCCUCAUCCUCUUCUCAAUUCACCUACCAAACGACGGCAAAUCAAUCGUAUUUUCCUUUGCCCUUUCAUCUCCAGCAACAGCCCCAACAUUAUGCCUCCGCGCCCCCCUCCGUUUCCGUCGCCCCGGCUCCUGUCUACCCUGCCUCUGUUGCUCCUGUACCCGGCGUCUAUUCUCUCCCUCAAUACCAACAGGCCCAACAGUUAUUUCAAAGGGAUGCUCAAAUAGUUACCCCAGAAGCACUAGAGAGCGUAAAGGCUGCUCUUGCAAGCAGUGAGAUUGAGCACAAAGCAGAAACUAAGAAGAAAGCAAUCCCACGGAAAGCUGCUGGUCAGUCAUGGGAGGAUCCAACGCUUGCUGAGUGGCCAGAAAAUGACUUUCGCUUAUUUUGUGGUGAUCUUGGUAAUGAAGUUAAUGAUGAUGUUCUUUCAAAAGCUUUUGCUCGAUUUCCUUCAUUUAACAUGGCUAGAAUUUUUGUAUGAAGUGCACAGAGAAGUUAUAUAUUUAUGUGUUUUAAGGUUAGGGCUUGAGUAUGGUAUAUUUGACCUGACUUAUGGAGUAGUUUGAGUCAUAGCAGGCUGAAUUGAUUUUGAACUAGUCUGAAUAAGGUUAGUCAACCUAUUAAACUGUUUAAGUUGGAUGCCUACCUCUUGUCUAGCCUUAAAGAGGGGAAAUGGGAAGUGUAUGGUUUUCCCCUUAUCUAUUAGUUUUUAUUGUAUGUCAUUGAACUUGAGAGAGCCUUUUUUUGGUCCGUGAACUACCAUAUCACGUCCCAACCAACAACAAUGUGUAAAACCUUUUGUGCGUUUUCUGGUCUUCUGACUUGAAUAUAGUGGUGCAUUUCCCCUAUAAGCUUAUAUUUGCUCAAUUGCAUUGGAUUAAGAAUUCUCAGUGUCACCUAUACCGUGUGGGGUUUUAAUCGUGCUAAGAAGAGUGAUAAGAUUCAGAUUUGUAAGUAUGCUCAUUUUGAGUUGUUAGUGUGAUAUGAGUUUUUUUUGGCACAUGAAGAUUAAGCUAUGAUGAUCUUCAGGUUUAUUUUGUUUAAUACUGUACCAUUACCGGCAUUACUUUUGCGGUAUAUUGUUUCUUGUAUUUCUGUCUGAGAGCAUGGCAUGCCUUCUGUCAUGCUUAUGGUUGACCUGCUGGGAUUCCAUCUUUGUUCUUUAAAAAAAGGCAGUGAGGGAUCCAUGAGUUCCUAGAAAACAAUUUGAUAACUAAGAUAUUUGUGUGCGCAUAUGUUAUCUUUCCAACAGGUUGUUAGAGAUAAACGGACCGGCAAAACAAAGGGC